UAUUUUGUCUUUAAAAAUAUGAAAGUCGAAAUAGCUUCGCCUGAAUUGUUGUCACAUCUCCCCAUUCUACGAUAGAAACAGCGCUGUGGAUGAUUGCUCGGUUCGUUUUUGGUGGAAUGAUGUCUUUACCCAGUAGCAGGAGGUCUUUUGUCACAUAUCUGGUGCUGGUGUUGUUGGAAGCGGCGUCUGGACAGCUCUCAUACUCCGUCUCAGAGGAGGUGAACCCGGGAACUAAUGUCGGAAAUAUCGCCAAGGAUCUAAACCUGAAUGUGCAGGAUUUGGAGUCACGUUCGUUUCAGACCGUCACGGGAUCUAAGCGGAAAUAUUUCGAGGUCAAUUUAAAGACCGGAUUUCUGUACGUGAACGAGAGGAUAGACCGAGAAGAGCUGUGUACAGAUGAGCCGAAGUGCACGGUCAGCGUAGAGGCCGUGGUCAACAACCCGCUGAAGCUUUACCGCGUCGAGGUAGACAUUCGAGACGUGAAUGACCACUCUCCGGCAUUUAACACAAGGUCACAAAUACUGGACAUUGCGGAGAACACCGUGCCCGGAUUUAGAUUCGCGUUAUCAGAGGCGAGCGACGCUGAUGUGGGUAAAAAUGGCGUUAGUGCGUACAAGCUCAGUCCAAAUGAAUACUUCAGUCUCGAGACACACAACAGAGGCGAGAGCAUAUCUCCAGAGUUAGUGCUGCAGAAAGCCCUCGACCGGGAGAAAAAGCCACAUCUCCAUCUCCUGUUGACUGCGGUAGACGGAGGGUCGCCACCAAACUCAGGUACAUCAGAAAUAGAAAUAAAUGUUCUGGAUAUUAACGAUAACGCACCAAUGUUCAGCAGCAGUCUAUACAAAAUUAAAACCGUUGAAAACAUCCCGAUUGGCACGGCAAUUUUCACCUUAAAUGCGACCGACGCUGAUGAAGGCACAAACAGUGAAAUAGUAUAUUCUCUUCGCAAUAAGGACCAGGAUCAUAUUCUGGAUAUUUUCAAAAUUGACCCUGACACGGGGAUCAUUUCAGUGAAAGGAAAAAUCGACUAUGAGGAGAGGAGGGCUUUUGAGAUCCGAGCAGAGGCAAGAGACAAAGGGCAGCCUCCAAUGUCUGCUCACAGCAAAGUGCUGGUAGAAGUAAUCGACGUAAAUGAUAACGCCCCGGAAAUAACAGUGACGUCACUGCUCAGCACAGUGAACGAGGACGCUGGUUUAGGAACCGCGAUUGCACUCGUUUCAGUUCUAGAUAGAGACAGUGGCAAAAACGGGGAAGUCAAAUGUGAGAUAUUGAACACAGUUCCAUUCAAAUUAGAGCCGAAUUACAAAAACUAUUUUUCUUUGGUGGUUGACGGACACUUAGACAGAGAGGCCACUCCACAUUACAAUGUAACGAUUUUAGCGACAGACGAAGGGAGUCCUCCCCUGUCCAAUACCAGUAUCAUCACGGUUUACGUUUCUGAUGUUAAUGACAAUGCACCGUAUUUCGCAGAAUCUGUGAUAAACGUUUAUGUAAAAGAAAACAGCAAAGUAGGAACAGUAAUUAAAACAGUGACUGCAAGUGAUGCAGACACCAGCAACAAUGGUCAACUGAGCUACUCGUUGUUAGACAGCACUAGUAAAUAUCUGUCAAUUCCGACAUUAGUGAACAUCAACUCAGAAACUGGAGAUAUAAUCAGUCUGCAGUCUUUUAACUUCGAGGAGUUAAAAACGUUUCAGUUCAAAGUUCAGGCCACAGACUCUGGUGUACCUCCGCUCAGCAGCAACGUGACUGUGAACGUGUUCAUCCUGGAUGAGAAUGACAACAGUCCCGCGGUUCUCGCUCCAUAUUCUGAGCACGGCUCCGUUAACAGUGAGAACAUCCCCUAUUCUGCUGAAGCGGGAUACUUUGUGGCAAAGAUCAGGGCUGUGGACGCAGACUCUGGAUACAACGCGCUGCUUUCUUAUCACCUCUCUGAGCCCAAAGGAAACAACCUCUUCCGGAUCGGAACCAGCACCGGGGAGAUCAGGACUAAGAGGAGAAUGAGUGACAAUGACCUGAAAACUCACCCCCUGGUGGUGUUGGUGUCUGACAACGGAGAACCCUCCCUGUCAGCUACUGUGUCUAUAGACGUGGUGGUGGUCGAAAGCACAGCUGACAUCCAGACUCAGUUCAGACAUGUGCCCAUAAAGGAGGAGAGCUUCUCUGAUCUGAACCUGUAUCUGCUGAUCGCCAUUGUGUCGGUGUCAGUCGUCUUCCUGCUGAGCCUCAUCAGUUUAAUAGCUGUCAAAUGCCACAGGACAGACGGCAGUUUCAGCAGGUACAGCGCCCCAAUGAUCACCACCCACCCUGACGGGAGCUGGUCUUACUCUAAAGCUACGCAGCAGUAUGACGUCUGCUUCAGCUCUGACACGCUCAAGAGUGACGUAGUGGUUUUCCCCGGACCGUUUCCGCCUGUAGAUGCGGAGCUGAUCAGUAUUAACGGAGGAGACACUUUUACCAGGACUCAGACUUUACCUAGUUCAGACAAGGUGAGUUGUACCAGAUUUCAUUAAUCUAAAGGAGUGAAC